AUGGGUAACUCCGAUUCUCGUGAGGGCAAUCCUCUCAAUUUAUCAAAGACACCAGGAUCGCGCAGACAUCGCGCAGAAGUGGAGAUGAAUCAGAAACAGACAAAGUCGACACUCGCAAGGUCUUUGACACAAUCACCAGUCACGAAUGGUCUAUCUUUAUCAGCACAGCGUGAGAAACUUCAAGCACUCAAAGGAAGUAUGCAACAAGCACACGAUGAAUUUGCGCAAAGGGCUGAGAUGAAGAAGAAGAUGUCGACCCAGGGUCUACCUCGAUACAAACAUGAUGGCAUGGGUGACAAUCAACCUUCAGCUUUACCAGCUCCUUUCAUCACUCGUCAAGAUUUCGGCAAAAGCACAGUCGCGCCUGGAAACUCGCAGCCACAACAAACAAAAUCAUCAUCUAAAACUCACGGACAAGCAGAAAGCACCAUCCGAUCGUCAAAGUCAGACGAGCUUCCUUCGGCAAGAAGGGCAAGAGCAAAUGCCAACGCAAACCUCGUCACAAAAGUACCAUCGCAGCAUCUCGCAAAGCCGCGCACUAAGACAAGCUUUGAAGAGCUGAUGGCUGGCUUUGACCCAGACAAGGCAGUGCAGUCAAAGAGCAGUCCAGUGUCUGUAAACAACAGCAAACUGGUUGGCCAACCACUCACCUUCCGCAAAGCUGUAACAGAUCUUGCUGUUCCAGAUGACGAACAAGAAACUGUCCAGGAGUCAUUUGUCCAACAGCAAUCACCCGCCUCACUAUUAGAUAACAAAGGCAAACACCCAAAAGAAGUGCCCGUGUCUGAUCAGUCUAUGCCGUUCCAUUCUUCGGUCGUCAAUGGAGAGCCCUUUACUGCCAAAGUUCAAGCGCAGUCGUCUCCCGCUCCUCUCCAGUAG